UUCACCCCCAACGCCAAUAUCCUUUAACAUCAUGAGCACUACAGCUCACGGCUGUGGACCCAGUCUUUUUUUACCUGAACCAUGUGCGGAUACAGCACUAGCUGUAUGUCACCGUCAAUGCUAUGCAUACUGCUGUAAACCACUGUAUGGAAUGUUGUAACCGUGAGAAAACGAAAGAAAUAAGCGCCCCGUGGAAAGUAUAUAUGUCACUAUGUUACCUUUUCGAUCCUUGCCUUCGACUCCCAUCAUCAUCACCCUGUAAUAUUGCUCACCCACGUACUAUCCUACCCGAUUUCCAAGAAACAUGACUCGCUCGUCUAAUCUGGAGACUUGGAUUCAAAUAGCUAAGGUUGCCGCCGCCGCUGGGGAAAUGGCACCAUUUCCGUAUAUCAAAGGCAUCGGUGGUUGUGCUGUACUCAUACUGGAGGCCAUUCAGAAGGCUGGAAAGAACGAUGAGGAUCUGCUUGAUUUAGCGGAGAGUAUAGGGGAGACUAUAAACCUCAUCCUGGAUGCCAUUGAAGAACAUGGCAAAAGUAGCGCUCUCGACCUUGGUGAUGUUUGUGCAGAGUUUGAAAAAUACAUGACAUACUUACGCGAUGAGGUGAACAGCACCCGGCUCGAGUCCCGUGGACGGUUCAAGUGGUUCAAGCGUUUCCUGAAGAGAAAUGAAGUAUGCGACACUGUUAAUGGUUACAGGAAACGCGUGCAUGCAAUCAAGGAAAAAUUUAUGAUUCGCAUGGCCAUCGACUCGCGCUUCGUUAUUUCAGACAUCAAAGAUGGAUUGAGGACUAGGACAGAUGCUCUUACCAGUGCCAUCGAGACGUCGCAAAGGCAUACCAUAUCUAGUAUUGACAAACAUGCAGACAGCAUAUACAAAGAGAUACACACAUGGGGUGUCCUGCAGAGCAAGAAAGCCGAUGAACUUAGUGCAGACGUCCAGACAUUGAAGGAGCGGAGCAGCUACAAAGGAUAUGUUCGGGAUGUUCUUCCCGGGGAUAUCUAUUUGAGAGAUUGCCUUGACUACCCAGAUGACAAAGCAGUGUUUACUCGUUAUAAUGCUGAUGUUGGUAAUACACCUAAAAUUGUUUGUGUAUAUCAACGUAGUAGCCGCAGCAAGUUGAGCAAACAAGAUGUCAUACAACAAUUCCACAUUGACGUGGAUAGACUGAUAAAACCCAAACAUCAAAAUAUUGCCCAGGUCUUUGGUGUAUGCAGGUCUCCAGAUUUUCUUGCAAUUGUAAUCCAUGGUACCAUACAACAAACAAUCCGUGACUAUCGUGACUCCUUGACUGCAAUGCAGUUCUUGCAUUUCAACAUGCAACUGGUCAAUGAUUUGGAGAUGCUACAUUUUCCUAUUCUCUGCAUAUCAAUAUUGAAUAGUUGAAUUAGUUGGCCUCAGAUUACCUCAAUAGCCUUUACCGCACAUCUCACCAGGAUUGGAUAGACUUCGCAUCUGACAUUGGUGUUCAUCAUAUGUAUAUCAAUGAAGGAGGCCAAAUUGUGUUGGCAGAAC